UCAUCAACUCAUUGCUCUUGUUUUACUUAUAGUUGGCGUUUCAGACACAGACAGUUGUCCGAGUUGAUCAACGACAUACAUGAGAAACAAGCACGUUUCACAUUUGUCUGAGAAACUGAGCGUACAUCACCUUUUGGAAAUGUCUUACAACAAAGAAUUUCAGGAGAUGGAUGUUUCCAUCGAAGAACUGAACAUCAUCACCGAGAAAAUUCUUCAGCAAAAUGACACCUUGAACAAACAUGCUGAAAACCUUUGCAAGAAAUUGCAAAAAAGGAAAGAUCUCGACGCUUCAUACAAGGAACUGAAGAAAUCCCGUAAAGCUGCUAUCGAUGAAAACAAAAGACUGGUGAAGCAGGUGGAGAGUCUAAGAGUGGACAUCGAAAAGCAGAUACACGUGGAAAAAAUGUGUGAAGAAGAGAAGAAAAGAACAUCUCAGGUCUUUGAAAGUAACCAAGACCUGAAAGCAGUUAUGGCCACACUUCAGUUCAAGCUUCAGCAGCUGAACUAUACAACGGAAAUGAAACAAAUACUUUCUGUCUUCAAGUCUGAGAGAAAAAGUUUGAAACAAGAGAACAAAGUUCUCCAGUCUCAACUGAAGGAACUCCAGAAAAAGACUGCUGACAAUGCACACCUUUCAGAGCUGGAUCGUGUGCAAGUGAAACUGAAUGUUGCCAGGGAGAAAGAUUUGAAGACAAAGAUCGAACACAACCUUCUCCAGAAACAAAUCCGAGACCUGCAGGUUCAGAUCCAGGCUCCAAAACAGGAAAUUGCUGUUUUAGAGAAAGAAAUCCAGGAUCUCCAGAGGACAGAUGAGGAACUAAAAGUGGCUAAAGCUGAAUUCCACAAAAUCUCUGAAGAAAAGUCUCAACUUGAAGACAAGAAGAAGCAGCUUCAGGAUGAGGCUUCACAUCUGAAACAGCAGCAGGAAGAGUUACGUGAACUGGUUCUUCAGCACAACAAGGUACAGAAUAAACUGAGACCCCUUCAAGCAGAAACAAAGACCCUCCAAGACCAAAGAGAUAUGCUGACUGACCUUCUCAAACACCGUCAAACAUUGGAGACUAAAUGUAAGGACAUGAAAUCAGAAACUGACCGUGUGGUGGCUGAAAACUUCCACCUUUAUGUUCAAGUUGAUGAUUUGCAAAAGAAGGUUUCAAAUUCCAAUGAUGUGGAGGACAAAGUUUUAAAAGUGAAGGAGAAAAAUUUGAAGGUGAAGGAAGAACACGACCUUCUCCAGAACCAGAUCCAGGACCUGCAGGUUAAGUUCCAGGCUACAAAACAGGCGACCGCUGCUCUAGAAAAAGAAUUCAAAGAUCUCCGGAAGAAUGAUAAAAAACUGGAAAAGGCCAGGGCUAAAUAUCAGAAGAUCUUUGAAGGAAAUUCUCAACUUGAAGAUGAGCAAAAGCAGCUUCAGGAUCAGGUGUCACACCUGAAACAGCAGCAAGAAGAGGUUUUUAAACUGGCUCUUGAGUACAACAACGUACUGACUACACUGAGAACCAUUCAAGAGGAAACAAAGACCUUCGAAGACAGAAGAGAUAUGCUGACUAAUGUUCUGCAACACUGUCAAACAUUAGAGAUGGAAUGUAAGGACAGAAAAGCAGAAACGGAUCCUGUGAAGACUUAAAACUUCCACCUUGAUGUUCAACUUGAUAAUCUGUUGAAGAAGCUUUCACAUUUCAAUGAUGUGGAGGAAGGAGUUUUGAAAGUGAAGGAGGAAAAUUUGGAGGUAAAGAAAAAACACGACCUUCUCCAUGACCAAAUCCAAGACCUGCAGGUUGACCUGACAAAUCCUCAUUCAAAACCGUCAAACGCUGAAGCCUGAGUGUAAUAAAGAGCUAAAGAACUCCAACUCUUAUAGAGAAAUUAAAAAUGUGAUUGGAUAUGUAAUCCUUCUGCUAUCUCUUUUGUGUAUAUGUAUAUAUUUAAAAUUAAAUGGGGGUGGGUGUGUGUGUGUGUGGGGUGGCGGGGGGGACUAUCAUAGCGUACUCCACAAACUGACCUCCUCCCUAGAAAGUGACGUUGCUUGUUAGGGAGGAGACCUCAGGGUGUACGCAUUUCUUAAAAGUCCCCCCCCCUCCCACCACCCCCACCACCACCAUUCACACAAAUGUUCACAAUGUUGUAAUGUUGUAAUGAUAUGUAAUGUAAUGUUUUAGAGUUUAGACCGGCGUUAUAAAAAAAAAAUAAAAAAUAAAAAAAAGGGCGACACACUAAAAAGUGUGUUUGUGUGGGUUUUCUCUGAGUGCUUCAGUUUCCCCCCACCCAACCAGAAUACAUAGUUUUAGGAUUAAGAUUGUUUGUUUAAAUUAGUGAACUGGGAAAAAAAGUGUUGCAACUCUUCAAAUUCUUUAAAAUAAAAAACAAACAAACAAACAAACAAACAGAUAUUUGAUUCCCAGUUUUUUAAUUACGGUCGUACAAAAAGAAUUGCAACACACCAAAUUUUUCCCCUCCGUGAACUGCCACCUUAACGUUGGUGGAGGGGUUUGUGUGCUCGAGUGAACCUAGAAGCUAAUCUGUCCAGAACUGAUACCCAUGGUAUGAUGUCUACGACAGAUGGGUUCUAGGUGACGAGCCAGACUAAGAGCGGUUCAAAAUCAGUCAGAAACAACAAGGUCCAGUUAAAUAUCCAGAUUGCAGUCAGGACAGGCCUGGAGCUGGGGCUCACAGAUGAGGGCCUACACAGCCAGAAAGGCCAGGUGGGCCCCAAAUGGUUUGAAAGUGGACAUAAAAUGUGGGCCCUAAUUGGGUUUGUCUGCACUUUCCAUGGUGGCCCCACCUGUGUUUGCCCACAUUGGCUUAAGUGGUUACUCGGAGGUGAGCUAGCUAGUGUAGCGAGCCGUUCGCCCGGUGGACAGCGUAGCUAGCUUCGCUUCCCAGUGUUCGGCAGAGCUAGAGUUGCUGCCGGUCCCUGGGCAGCGGAGCCAAUGCGGGCAAACACAGGCGGGGCCGGCAUAGAAACUGCGGACAAACCCAAUUGGGGCCCACAUUUUCUGGCCACUUUCAAACCAUAUGGGGUCCACUUGGCCUUUCUGGCUGGGGACCAACCCAGACGAUGAGGACAGUCAGUCAUCUUUUGAACCUGAAACUCUGGGUAACCUGAAGAAUAUGUACAGAAAAAUCCUUAGUUGGUAAGAUAAAUUCAAUAAAGAAUGCAUUUUUAAAAUUCCAUAAACGUCAUAGAGCUCUGACUCAGAAAAUAACACACACGAAAAAAGAAAUUCUUAUAAAAAAGCAGAAUGUAUUUUGACAAAAUGACCUACAAAUAUCCCUUUUUUUUCCUCCAUUUAUUUAUUAUCCACAGUUAUCAUAAUACAGGAAUAACAAAGUCUUGGUUCUCUUGUGUAUUCCAAAUUGACUGUACCACAUGAACACACUAGCAUUGCUCCUCAUAUUGCUUUCAAAUGAAGACAUUUUGCAUAACAGUGUUAGUAGAGAGAAGAUUUUUUCUUUUUGUCGUCAUAAGUUUUUUUUCCUCAAUAUUUUACAGUCAUGAACUCCAAAACACACAAUAAAUUAAUAAAUAAACACACAAGCAAUCUGCAGAUGCUUUACAGUAGUAGCAACAACAGUGGUUAAAAAUAAAAAAUAAAAAUAAUAAAAAAGAUCUCUACAAGUACAGUACAUCAACCCAGUGGCAGUCUGACAGUAAAUCUGAGUCUGGCCCAGUCAGGCUGUCGUUUUAACACAACUCACAACUACAACACAUACACAACUCUCCUGCUUACACCACGUCCCUCUAGAUAAUAAAUUACAUGUCCAUUUCACUUCAGAAUAUGACGAGGUCUGUCAACUCUUCUUUGUCUCUUUUUCAAUUCACUUAGGAACUGUUUCACAACCGAGACGGCAAGCCGUCCCAUUUUUGGAGGAGAUGGUGGCGUUACUUUUAAAGGUAUUUAGAGGUAAAAGGAAAUAGAAACUCUCUGCAAUGCUUUCAUUGUUCCUGAUGUCAGUGAGUAAGGACAUUCUUCAUGCAUCAGAAAAAAAAUAAUAAAGAUU